UCCUGGAUGGAGCUGUUAUCCAGCCCUAGAUAGACCAGGAGAGUGAGGGAAGCAGAGCUUGAGGGGAUGAUGGCCCUGGGGAGGCCCUAGCUGGGAGUGGACACACGGGGAAGUGAGGACUGACCACUGGAGACGAUAAAAGGACGGCGCUCCUAAGCCAUGGCUGGCCUCUGCCUCUUCAUUGCUUCUGCCUGAAGCCAAUUCAGUUGGGCGGGAGACACCUAGGUCUGCUCUUCACCUGCCAGCCUGAGAAAAGGCUGCUGGCCCCGCCUCCUUCUUCAGAGCCAGAAUGUGGGGCUACCUGUCUCUUGUGCCCAUCUCCCUGGCACUAUGGGCUAGUGCUGGUAUCUGGCUGGUUUUUGCCAUUGCCGUGAUCAACAGGGACGUGGACCUCACCAAAGACUUCCCCUUCAUCAGCAAGUGUGGAUCUUUCCCGCCCCAGAGCUGCAUAUUCAGCCAGGUCCUCAACAUAGGAGCCGCUAUGGUUGUCUGGAUCUGCAUUGUGCGUUACUACCAGCUCCGAGACUGGGGUGUCAAGACAUGGCCCAACCAGCUGAUCCUGUGGUCCGGGAUCCUGUGUGCUUUGGGGACCUCUGUAGCCGGCAAUUUCCAGGAAAAGAACCAGAAGCCCACACACAUGACUGGGGCCUUCUUUGCCUUUGUCCUGGGUAACAUCUACUUCUGGCUGCAGAUCAUUCUCUGCUGGUGGGUGAAGGGCCUGCCCCAGCCUGGGGCCCCCUGGAUGGCUUGGUUGCGUCUGGGGCUCUGCAGCCUCUGUACCAUGCUCAUGGUGGCCAUGCUGGUCCUGUACUCCUCUAGGCUGCGGUCUACCUCUGCUGCCUUCGAGUGGGCCGUGGCCAUGCUGCUCUUCCUCCUCUUUGGCCUCUUUGCCGUGGACUUCUCGGUUCUGGAAGGCUGCACCCUGAGUCUUCAGCCCUUGCGGAGUCUCACGCCCAGGCCCUCAGCCUCCCCAGGCCUCCACUCCCCACCCCUGACCUCCCCCCCACCCCUGAGGCCCUGA